AUGUUCUCGAAACUUGCAGGACAAAUGGCUGGCCAUGGUCGCCCUCCCUCAUCGCCUCACUUCAAGUGGGUCGGUGGGUCUGGGCCCUCACCAUGUUUCAUCCGACCAUGUUGCCUACGCCCCCCCCCCCCCUCGCCGACGCCCCAUUAUGCCCCCGAGGAUCGCCUGGGAUUUAUCUUGGCCAACCGGCUGGAGCUCACCGGCAUUCUAGGAGUCGGCGCGUAUGGAGUCGUUUACACUGCCGUGGACAUCCACACGCACGCCCUGUAUGCCGUCAAGGCCCUCAACAAGACCGGACUAGAUCCCCGCCAGCUUCGAUAUCAACAACGUGAGAUCCGUCUCCACCAUCUGGCCUCGCAACAUCCCAACGUGGUUUCCCUGGUUCGCAUUAUGGAUUCCGUGGAUUGCACCUACGUCGUCAUGGAAUUCUGCCCGGAGGGAGACCUGUUCUCUAGCAUCACCGACAAGGGCCACUUUGUCGGUAAUGACCCCCUGGUCAAGCGCGUGUUCCUUCAGCUCCUGGAUGCCGUGCAGUUCUGCCAUUCCGUCGGGAUCUACCACCGGGACCUGAAGCCCGAGAACGUGCUCGUAACAGACCAGGGCAUGACGGUCAAGCUUGCCGACUUUGGCCUGGCGACCACGGAUUACUUCACCUCGGACUUUGGUUGCGGGUCCACAUUCUACAUGUCGCCUGGUAAGGCAUACUCCCCCUCGAGUUUGGGUCUUGCGCCCCCCCGGCUAACGCUUCCUUCUCCAGAGUGUCAACAAUCCAACCCGCGCCCCAUGUCCUGCUAUGCGUCUGUCGCCAACGACGUCUGGAGCCUGGGUGUCAUGCUGGUCAAUCUGACGUGCGGUCGCAACCCCUGGAAGCGUGCCUCGCUGGAAGAUUCCACAUUCCGAGCAUACCUCAAGGAUCCCUUCUUUCUCAAGUCCAUCCUGCCCUUGUCCACGGAGAUGGUUUGUAUCCUGAGCCGCGUCUUCGAGCGCGACCCUAGCAAGCGGAUCACCAUCCCGGAGCUGCGCCGGUUGAUCCUGGAGUGCCCCCGCUUCACGGAGAACCCCAUGGCCCCUUGGGUGCCGGACCAGGUGUCCCCGGCCGACUUUGUGGCCCAGCCCCAGAUUCCCUUCUCGGGCCCCGUGGAGUCCCUGCAUGCUCAGCCCUCGGGUUCGUCCUCAGACUCGUCGCACUACUCGGAUUUCUCCGAGUCUGCCGUGUCCGAUGGGUCGGCCCUCACCGAGGACUACACCGACAUGAACACUUUGUCGCCUGUGGUGUCCCAGGUCCCGGACUGCAAGGUGGUGUUCCCUCACCCCAUCUGUGUGGACCACUCUAUCCCCGCGGAUGCUUUUAUCGGUCCGCCCAUUCCGGUCUGCUGA